AAGCGCUCUUGUCGAUUAGGAUAGGAAUAUAAAUCUGUGUGUCGUAUGAUAUGGAGUAUGCUGAAAAAUAUCUUUCAGACGACUCCAAUGUUGGAUAUGAGUUAAAAGAAGUUCCUGUUGCAAGAAUAGAAACAGCAACGAUCGCAACCACAAAUACAACAACUACUAAUACCACUGCGUCAAUUAAUUCUAAUCGUGUCAUUUUAAAUCCAACAAAUAAUCUUGCUGGUUUAAGUGAAGCAAUUGUUGACAUUGAACAUGUUUUAUACAAAAACUGUAUUGAACUUAAUCAGCAUGAGGAAAAGUUAGUUGCAUUGUUGGAAAGAUCAGAAGCUAUGGAAAAGAGCGCUAGACAGUUCAAAAAGAUGAACAAAAAGUUAUUUCGGUUGAAAAUGAAACGCACUCUCUUCAUCACAGGAUCAAUCAUCUUUGGCUCAUUAAUAUUACUGGCAGUGAUACUUUUAUCUGUCUUGUAACGUGUAUGUAUAUCUGUCACACAUUGUCAAUGUAACUGAUCAUAUUAUUACCAGUAAUAAAUAAAAU